AUGAGGCGUUGCGCGGGCCUGGCGGGCGAGGCGCAGAAGGCUGAAACUGAAGAUGACUUUGUUAAAGUUAAACGGAGGGAUUUGGAAAGGCUGACAACAGAGGUUAUGCAAUUGUGGGAUUUUUUACCCAAAAUACUGAAUGGGGAUAUCCUGGGGACAUUCCAGAAACUGGAUGCUCUUGAAUCAAACAUGGAGAAAAAGGAGGAGGAAAUAGAGCAGCUGAAAAUGGAUUGUGAACACUUCAGAGCCCGCCUGGAAACAGCCCAGGCAGAUUGCAUGAGAGAGAAAAAGAGUAAAGCAGUAAAGUUUUUUACAAUCACUGCACAGACUAUGGAGAGCUUUGUGAAGUCGUUAAAUGAAGACAUGAAGCAGCAGGAUUUGGAUUCUGAUGAAAAUCAGUUUGUAUUAGCUUUGGCAGGGAUUGUAACAAAUGUGGCUGCACUGGCAUGUGGCCGUGAAUUCUUGGUUAGUUCAAAUCGGGAGUUAUUGGACACAAUGAUGCAGCUCCUGGGAGACAUGAAGCCGGGACUCUGCACUAAAUUUAAAGUGCUAAUGCUAAUGUCACUUUACAAUGUGAGCAUCAACUUGAAAGGCUUGAAGUACAUCAGUGAAAGUCCAGGUUUUAUGCCUUUGCUGUGGUGGCUACUGAAUGACCCGGAUACAGAAGUUUGUCUUCAUGUUCUGCGGCUCCUCCAGUCUGUGAUUUUGGAGCCAGAAGUUUUAGCCAAGUCAGCCUCUGCGAUGCGUGAUACUUUACCAUUUCAGCGUAUCAUUGCACUGUCAAAGAGCCGCAAUGCAGAUCUGCAAGCACUUGCAAGAGAACUACUUGAAGAUCUUAAAAUACUUGAGUAUGAAGUAUAGAAGAGCUCUGUGACACCAACUGCUUGUAUUUUUUGAAUAUUUUUAUGCUGCAAGAGUUGUUAGAGAUGGUCUUGACUGAAAAGCUUUUGCCUAAGUUGCUCUGCCUAAGUUCCUUUGUGAAACUAGGCAACCCACCUAAAAUAAUACUUGGGAAAAUAUAAAUGCCCAAAUAUAAUCUUAGGUGCUGUAGUAGAGAUGGAAAAGGCUUAAUUUUUCUGAGUAGGAUUUUGUUGAUAAUGGGUUUCCAAAGUAAUGUUGCCAGGUUAUGUUGCCUGUUUACCAUAUUUAGGGAGUAAGGUAGUCAUCUCAUCCAUUGAUACUAUGUGGUUUAUUGCGGUGGUAAAUAAUCCUUUUGAUCCAUCUUUAAGAAUUACUGUGCUGAAGGAAAACUGUUGCUUUUCAUAACUCUUCUGUGUCAGAAUGCAUCUCAAGUUUCAGUUUUAUUGUUGUUAUUUCU